GAUAUCGUUAUUCACCAAUGCUCGGACUUCUCAAUGAGGAUAGCCUUAUCAGGCUUACCCCCAAGAAUCAACGGCGGGCCGCCUUUCGCAGAACGCGCUCUCUCUCUCACUGUGAUGGUUGUUGCACCACAUACUUCGGGGCAACCCCUCAGAAGCCAGAACUCCUUUAGGCACUCGUGAAUUGCUCAGCUAGGGAAACCUGGUCAUUU